AUAGUUCAAAGUUAUGACAGUUGUGGCACACCAUAUCUUCAAAUUUGAAAUAUAUAAGUAAAUGGAGAAACAAAGGAACAAUAAAUAUUGUAAAAGGAAAGUCUACAAACAUAGGCUUAGUGAAUAAUCAAUAGACACAAUUAUAGAGAAUAAAGUAGUAGAGAGAGCACACCUCCGUCUUCACAGCUCUGCUUGUGUUCUCACUUCUUCUCCCCACAAAUAUCUCACCAUUUUCUCAGCUCAGAUCGCCACAAUUCUCAUCGUCUCAAGAAAUCGUUGUGUGGUUGAAGAAAUGGGAUGCAUAACUUCGAAGGCGAUAACGCGAUCGAUGAGUAUUAGGGAAGAGCUGAGGCAUGGCUUCCAAAGCAGAUCCGCAGCUUGGGAUGAAUUACUAGCAUCACACAUCGCCAACACCAACACCGCCACUUCCACUCCACCAUCAAUUGAUGUUGCAGAUCAUCCUCCCCCUACCAAUGCAGAUCCGUGCCUCUUCACACGCUCCAAAAGCUGCCAUACGCUGCGAGAGGACAUGCCAGAUUUCAAAGACGGGAAGAGGAGCCUAAGCUUCCACACGGUGGAGGAGUAUGACGCGUUGCUUGAGCAAAUUCGAGCUCAAGAUAGCUCCCCAUGGGAUGAUGUCGAGUUGCAAGGUUUACCUGAGGAUGAGGAUGGGAAGUGCGAUGUUGAUUUUGCUGAGGUGGAAACAGGGUGGAAACGGAAGGCGGUUGCGAGAGGGCUUACAUCGCUGGAUGUGUCGUCCGGAGAAGUCCCAGCAGUUGCGAGGCUGAGACGGAAAAUGGUUGAGCAAGCCCAGAUUUACUCUCCUGGGAGUUAUGUUACACCUAAAUUUGGGAGCUACAAUGCUCCUGCCACUGCCUUGCCACGAGACGACACGAAACAAGAUGCGGACGUGUUCAGUCCCGAGCUGCUUGCUGCUUUCGAAGAUUGUAUGCAGCAGCUGCAGGUGGAGGAAGACACCAUUCUCAAACAAAUAUUGGUUGAUCAUUCAUUUGAGAAUGAAAUCAAACAUGUACAACACAAUCCACUUGUAGAGUCCUAGAUUCAAAUUUUGAUACUCGAGAGUUGAACAUAUUCAAAUUACCAGAAUUUCACAUUCA